UCAGCAGAGAGUCUGAUCUGAAUCAGCAAAGAGUCUGAUGUGGGGCUCGAACUCAUGAACCGUGAAAUCAUGACCUGAGCCAAAGGCAGAUGCUUAACUGACUGAACCACUCAGGUGCCCCAGCCCUUCUCUGUUCUUCUUAUUUUUUAAUGUUUAUUUACUUUUGGGAGAGAGAGAAGGAGACAGGAUCCGAAGCAGGCUCCAGGCUCUGAGUUGUCAGUACAGAGUCGAGUGCGGGGCUCAAACCCAUGAACUAUGCGAUUGUGACCUGAGCCAAAGUCCGGAACUUAACCGACUGAGUCACCCAGGCGCCGCAGCCCUUCUCUGUUCUAAUCCCAGAGAGAUCCCAGCCAUUCCCACAAGUUUAAAUAUGUGAUGUAAACAGGUGGUAUAUACCUGGCCAGCCUAAGGCCUCCCCUGCACACUAGACCUCCAGGCUCCUGUGCUCAAUUGCCUUUUUCGGUGGUUCUCAAAGUGUAGUCCCCAGACCAGCAGCAGUGUUGUCUGGAAACUUGUUAAAAAUGCAAAUUCUUGAGCCUAUCCCUGUGCUCCUGAAUCAGAAACUCAGGCUAGAGCCCAGAAGUCUGUAUUUUCACAAGCACCCCGAGUAAUUCUGUUGUUUGCUGAAGUCUGCGGACCACUGCUACUCAGGUGUCCUUGGGCAUUUGACUCUAGAUUUCCCAGGUACAUUUUACCUUGAUCUUUUCCUUAUCAGCCUUCACAAUCCAUCCUCUCAGGUGCUAAAGUUACUCUGAUCCAUUAUCUACAAGUGGCCGGAGUGGUCUUUUAAAAAUAUGUCAGAUGAUAUUCCUUUGCCUUAAAAUCCUCCUAUAGCUCCCACUGCCCUCGAAAUUCAAUCUGAACCUUUGCCCUGCUCCAGGGCCCUCUCUGCCAGCCCCUCUGACCUGUUCUCCUGGUGUUCCCUCUCACCAGGCUCCAGCUACGUAGAUUUUCUCUAGUGUAUCUCCUAAAUACUGGGCUCUUUCUAGCCUCAGAGCCUUUGCAUUUGCUGCCCAGGCCUGGUCUGCCCUCUUGUAGUUUUUCAGGCAGUUGGCAUGUUUGUAUCCUUCGGGUCUCAACCAUCCAUCCUCAAAGACACUGCGCUGCCCCUUUCUAAAGAAUCUAAAGCUCAUUCGUGUUGGUAAACCUAGAUCCUUGCGGCUCUAUAUCUGAGGUCCCCACAUCCUUGCUGGGAAUUGGCCAGGGGGCCACACUCCGCUUGCAGAGGCCUCUCUCCCGUCCUUGUUUGUGGCCUUUCUGUCCCUCAAACAACCUAUUCCCUCCUGCCAUUCUUUCUCAGCACAUUGUUUCCUUCCUGCGUCCCAUUAAAUACGAUGAUGUUUUCUUGUUGAUGAUCCUACCUCACUCCUACUACGGUUAUAUUACAAAUUUUGAAAGGACAAAAACCUCAUCUGUCUUGUUCCCUGAUGUUUCCCUAAUGCUCAGCUUGCUGCUUGACACAUAUCAGGUGCUCCAUAAAUGUUUGUUGAAUUAACAAAUCAAAUUAGCCUUCAACAUGCCUGUGCCAGACUUUGGUCUUGCUUGUCACGGGGUAGAGAUGGCCCCUACUGGCAGACAGGGAUGCUUAGGUCUCUGGGAGUUGUGUCUUACUGGUCUAGAGCUCCUUGGUUCUUUCCUUUCUUUUUUUUAGUGUUUAUUUAUUUUGAGAGAGAGAGAAUCCCAAGCAGGGUCUGCACUGAGCACAGACAGAGCCUGACUCGGGACUUGAACUCAUGAACCAUGAGAUCAUGUCCUGAACUGAAAUCAGUAGUCAGACGCUCAACCAGCUGAGCCACCCAGGUGCCCCUUGAGCUCCUUAUUUCUUAACACUCCUGGAGACCUGCUUCCAUCUCUUCCUUUUGAAAUCAGUAAUUUUUUUUAUCCCACCUCCAUGAUAUGCGUAGCAUUUUCUGACUGUAAUAUUUAUUAACUGCAUAAAGAAAUGUCGUUAGGGACACCUGGGUGGCUCAGUCGGUGAAGUAUCUGACUCUUGACUUCAGGUUCAGGUCAUGAUCUCAUGGUUGGUGGGAUCGAGCCCCACAUUGGGCUUUGUGCUGACAGCAUGGAGCCUGCUUGGGAUUCUCUCUCUUCCUCUCUCUUUCUGCCCCUCCCCGAUUUGCAUGUGCACACUCUCUCAAAAUAAGUAAAUUAGCUUUAAAAAAAAAAAAAAGCCAUUGAACUCCUAAACCUUUGAAAGGCUUUGUAUAAAAAGGUUCCCAGUUCAAUGGUAUUGAGUAAUGGUAUUAAUGGUAUUCAAUUGUAUUGGAAGUGAGACACGAAAGAGCACAACCUGGAUAAUUCUGUUUAUUUGAAUGUCAAAAUAAAGCUAUAUAAAUCUACGAUGAUAAGAGUCAGGGGAAUAGCUAUCCUUGCCAGGGGCUUCUGACUGGGGAGCACAUAGUGUCUUCCGGGUGCUGGAAACAUUCUGUGUGUUGAUCUCGAGGGUGAGUAAAUGUGUGAAAUGUGUACAUUAAGUGUAUAGUUAAGAUAUGCAUACUUUAUAGAGGUCCUGUCUCAAGAAGUUGAAUAAAUAAAAAUGUCUUCAAAAAAACAGAUUCAGAAAGAGUUGUGUCAAAACAUGAAUCCACUCCUGUUUGGGGUCUGUAAGGUGUGGCUGGGGGACCACUCCUCUGUCUCCCCAGCUUCCCCGAAGCGUGGCCAAGGUGAGCGCCUGCAUGUUGGAAUUAUCAACGUUGCCAGCUGAAAGGAGGCUGCCUCCUCCGUCUCGUGAUGUGGCCCAGUUUCCACCUGAUUCUGCGUGACCUUGAGGACAUAGGAGUGUUGCUGGGAAAGGGGAGGAGGAAAGGGGCAGAGACAAAGGGUGGAGCAGGCGGUCAGCUACAAUCCCCACAUCUCUUAGUGCCUCUGUCCCAACCUGGGGAGAAGAGAAGGUAGAGCAGAUCCAGCGAACGUCUCAGUGGAUUGUGAGAAAGCAGGUAGUUCGUUGUGGGGGCCCUCCCUGGGUCCGUGGCCAACUUGCACCUGGUGCUUCUCGUCUCUCAGUGCCGAUCAUUUUGCACAGGGAGUGGGUGCGAAUUUAGGAGGCCACCCUCCUUGGUCUCCGAGUCUCCAGUGUUGUUAAGACAGCACUCUCUGCUUUAGAAUGACCUUGGGGAGGGAGGGUGCUAUUGUAAAUGCAGAUUUCUGGGGCUCACUGAGUAUGUGUGAGGGGCUGACGCAGGAAUCGGUUGUUAUUGUGCUUCCAACAGUUGCUCGCCAGUUUUGAGAACUGAUCUAGAAGGUGGGAAAGACCUUUGCUUGUUUUUGCUGUCUGGUUCUGAGUCAGUACGCCUACUGCGGCUGGAGGGCACAUUGUUGGUGUCACUCCAGAUGACCCAGCAGACGGCCCCUUUUGUGUUUACCUACAAAUUGGGGUGAAAAAUGUAGAAUCCUAUAUCUACAAGUGAUUCCCCCCCCCAAUUAAGCCCUUUAUUUUAAAGAUAGGAAAGGGGCGCCUGGGUGGCUCAGUCGGUUAAGUGUCCAACUUUGGCUCAGGUCAUGAUCUCAAAAAUAAAUUAAAAAGAAAAUAAAGAUAGGAAAUAGGCCCAAGGUCAUAGGCAUUGGGAUUGGAAUCCAGGACUGGAGACCCUAAGGCGCUCUAACUUCCCAGUGGCACUUGGCGGGGGGAUUGGGGGCACAGUGUGGAGGGAGCAGACUUGAGAAAGCUGCCCUGUGUUCUAGCCGGCACCGUGGAUGGCGUGGCAGGUGAGCGUGCCCGAGCUGGAGGACCGCCUUCAGUGCCCCAUCUGCCUGGAGGUCUUCAAGGAGCCCAUGAUGCUGCAGUGCGGCCACUCCUACUGCAAGGGCUGCCUGGUGAACCUGUCCCACCACCUGGACUCGGAGCUCCGCUGCCCAGUGUGCCGGCAGGAGGUGGAUAGCAGCAGCUCCCCGCCCAACGUCUCUCUGGCGCGGGUGAUUGAAGCUCUACAGCUCCCCGGGGACCCGGAGCCCAAGGUCUGCCAGCACCACCGGAACCCGCUCAGCCUCUUCUGUGAGAGGGACCAGGAGCUCAUCUGCGGCCUCUGCGGCCUGCUGGGCUCCCACCAGCACCACCGCGUCACGCCUGUCUCCACCGUCUACAGCCGCAUGAAGGAGGAGCUAGCGGCUCUCAUCUCUGACCUGAAGCAGGAGCAGAAGAAGGUGGAUGAGCAUAUUGCCAAGCUGGUGAACAACAGGAUCCGGAUUGUCAAUGAAUCUGAUGUCUUCAGCUGGGUGAUCCGUCGCGAGUUCCAGGAGCUGCACCACCUGGUGGAUGAGGAGAAGGCCCGUUGCCUGGAGGGGUUGGAGGGUCAUACCCGUGGCCUUGUGGCCUCCCUGGACAUGCAGCUGGAGCAGGCCAAGGGCACUCAGGAGCGGCUGGGCCAGGCUGAACGUGUGCUCGAGCAGUUCAGUAAUGAGAGUCACUAUGAGUUCAUCCGGAAGUAUCACUCCACGGCCUCCAGAGCAGAGCUCCAGCAGGCCCGGCCUCUGGAAGGCGCCUUCAGCCCCAUCUCCUUCAAGCCGGGCCUCCACCAGGCUGACAUCAAGCUGACUGUGUGGAAAAGGCUCUUCCGAAAAGUUCUGCCGGCCCCGGAGUCCCUCAAGCUGGACCCCGCCACCGCCCACCCACUCCUGGAACUCUCCAAGGGCAACACGGUGGUGCAGUGUGGGCUCCUGGCCCAGCGGCGAGCCAGCCAGCCAGAGCGCUUUGACUACAGUACUUGUGUCCUGGCCAGCCGGGGCUUCUCCUGCGGCCGUCACUACUGGGAGGUGGUGGUAGGCAGCAAGAGCGACUGGCGCCUGGGGGUCAUCAAGGGCACAGCCAGUCGCAAGGGCAGGCUGAGCAAGUCCCCGGAGAAUGGCGUGUGGCUCAUUGGCCUGAAGGAGGGCCGGGUGUACGAGGCCUUCGGCUGCCCUCGGGUGCCCCUGCCUGUGGCCGGCCACCCCCACCGCAUCGGCGUCUACUUGCACUACGAGCGUGGCGAGCUCACCUUCUUUGAUGCUGACCGGCCCGAUGACCUGCGGCCGCUCUACACGUUCCAGGCUGACUUCCAGGGCAAGCUCUACCCCAUCCUGGACACAUGCUGGCACGAGAAGGGCGGCAACGCGCUGCCUCUGGUGCUGCCCCCGCCCAGCGGGCCUGCCCACCUCACCCCCACGCAGCCCACCAAGCUGUAGGGCUGCCGGUCGGUCUGCCUGCCCGCGGGCUCUUCCCAGCCGGGGCUCUGCUGGGUCCAGUGUGCAGAGAUGAUGUUCUUUACCGUGUGGGAAGGUCUUCACGCCUGUGUGUUCCUAGAAACGUUUAAUGAUAGGAAGAAAAGGACCAUAAUCCCUUCCCCUACAGCCAGGGGCCUAUUGAUUCACCUUUUGCCGGGUUAUUCACCUCAUAAACCGGCAGAACCAGGCCUGGGUGUCCACGGGUUAAGAUAGGCUUCCCUUGGUCCCUCCUAAGCACACUUUCUGCUUCCUCUUUUAACUGAAGCUGGAAACAUUCCCGCACGUGAUUUCUCCAUGUCAUUGUGAACUUAAGGAUAAUAAAUUUGAUACCGUCUUUCUCUUUA